AUGUCGACACAAACACCCCAUGACAUGGGGAGUUCUCAGUCCGAGGAGUCUGGCGCGAAAGCUCCAACUCAUAUUGAUUAUAAACUAGAGAAUAUCAUCGCGGAGGCGCUAGAUAAUGCUGGAGUGCCUUACGUAUUCUGCGGUCAUGGGCUAAUGAGCGUCUAUGGUCUUGUGCAGGAGCAAAAGAGUUCCACCUGGGUCAUCCCAAAUUUCUACAUUGCAGAAGCAGAUUCCCUUCUACAAGCGGCCGGUCUCCACAGCUGCCAUAGGUCUUACUGCGAGGGAUACCGUCCCAACAAGAGGCCUUUUGCUCCGGCCUAUCACUAUCAUGUCCAACCACGGGUGAACAGACCGCACAACCACGUCGUGCUCUUAUAUAAGAUGGGGGACCUAUUCAUCGACCUGGCACCGGUUCCCACGCGACUACCACCAUUGGAUGAUCCGGACUAUAUGCUAGUCGAUGACCCUCGGCUGCCAGACUACAAUGAUGAAGUUGGAAAUGGUCGUUGGCAGUCUAUUCGCUCGAUUAAGAUUCCAAAGCCAGCCCGGUUCAUUGAUGCUAUAGUACUUCUCAUGGUAAGAGAAUGGCCUCAGGACCCUACGUCUUCUAUAUGGUAUGAGUAUUUGAGCGAGCUGCUGGAUCAUAUCCGCGAAUGCGGAGAAUAUGAGCUCGUACCGAGUUGGGAUGUGUUGGGAAAUUUAGCGCGUGGUUUUGUGAAGUUUUAUUUCGAUGGGGAGACUAAGAAAAGUCCGUAUGAGGUGAAGAAUUAUAUAUCCAAAGUGCGUGAGGAGAUGAUCGAAAAGACAAAGAUACCUUUACUCCUCAUGGCAGAUGAAGUUGAAUGA